AUGUCGAAUGAGUUCCGUGCAACCUUACAUCUAAAAUUCAUGGGUAGACAUUUAAUGAUGCUCCCUCCAACAUAUCAAAGUCAUGAUCCAAAUAAAAUGGCAAUAAUAUAUUAUUCAUUAUGUGGAAUAGCUGCAACUGACAAAACCCAAAUUGAAACUAAGUAUAGCAAGAGUAGGGAAUUUAUUUUAGCACAUCAUAAAACCAUUGAAUUGAAAGAUGAUCAAAAAAUUUGUACGAUUUCUGGUUUUAUUGGCACUCUAACUUUAGAUUUCCAGGAUAAUAAAGUAAUAACAAUUAAUUUAUCAAAUACCCUUUUCGCUUUAUUAAGUUUAAGAAUUCUUGGUGAAACUUCCUUUUUCGAGAAUUCAAAACAUAAAAGACAUAUUGGAAAUUUAGUAAAAAAUUGCCAAUUGCCAGAUGGUUCAUUUGUUUCAAGCCUAGACAUAGACAAUGGUUUUAAACCAUCACCUGUUGAUUCAAAAGAUUUAAGAUAUACGUAUAUGGCCAUUUCUAUUUUAUACCUCAUGGGAUCUAGGAGCAAACAAGAUUUUAAUGAAUUCAUCGAUGUCGAUUUAGCUGUUAAAAAUAUUUUGAAUCAUCAAACACUGUUAGGUGCUUUUGGAGAAUAUAAUGAGCCACAUGCUGGCUAUACUUCAUGUGCUCUAUCUGCUUUGUACUUGUUAAACCGUUCCUUGAAUGUCCUUUCUGAAUCAUUUAAAUCAAAAACUAUAUCUUGGCUAGUAUUUAGACAAUUAUCAAAUGAAGGAUGCAGUAAAUUCCAAAUAGAUUCAAACCCUUCCUUUGAUGAAGCGGAUAAUGGUGGGUUUCAAGGUAGGCCCAACAAGUUUGCUGAUACAUGCUAUGCCUUUUGGUGUAUGAAUUCUUUAAAAUUGCUCACAGAUGAUUGGAAAAAUUUAAUAGACACAUCUGCAGUUCUAAAUUAUCUUUUAAAAACGACGCAAAACACUCUAAUUGGUGGAUUUAGUAAAAAUGAUGAUGACGACCCAGAUAUUUACCAUACUUGUCUUGGUAUUGCUGCAUUAAAAUUGUUGGAUGGCUCUUUUGAUGGUUCUUUAUGUAUUCCAAAAUAUGUAAGUGAUACCAUGGUAUUAUAA